AUGUCUUCCUCGACGACACCAACAACGACGACGACGUCGACCACGGCCAUUAAUCUCGACCAGGUGGCAUACUUUCUGGUGACCGGUGCAUCGCGUGGUAUCGGUGCUAAGAUGGCCAUCGAGACGGCUCGCAAAUUCAAACCCGGUUCCGUCGUUGUGCUGCUGGCCCGGUCGGCAUCCGGCUUGGAAAGUACCCGUUCGGAGAUACUUGCCGUCAAUCCGCACGUUACCGUGGUGACUAGUUCGGUCGAUUUGGCAACGGCUUCUAAAGAGCUGCUGAACGAAAUACUGGACAAAUCGCUCGGCAAACAACAACCGACCGGCCAGUUCGGGUUGGCCUGUGUCAUCCAUAACGUUGGCACGAUUGGCAACAUUGAGCGGAAGGCGAUCGAUAUGGAUGAUCGCACCGAGUGGGAACAGUACUUUGGCACGAACCUGUUUACCGUGGCGGUGCUGAACAGUUGCUUUUUGCGCAAGUUCCAUUCCGUCUCCAGUAAGCUGGUCAUCAACAUCACCUCCAAGGCCUGCUUGGCACCGUUCCCGAGCAUGACGUACUACUGUGCCGGUAAGGCAGCUCGCGAGAUGUAUUUCCGUGUGCUGGCAGAAGAGGAAGCCACGACGGGCGUUACCGUGUUGAACUACUCGCCCGGACCGGUAGACACAGAAAUGACCGUCGAUCUGCAGGCGAACUCGAACGCACCGGAAAUCCGGGACUACUUUAAGAAUCUCCGCGAUACGACGACAAUACUUACGACCGAGCAAACGACGGCGAAAUUUUUGCAUAUACUCCAGAACGGUCUGUUCAAGUCGGGUGAUCAUGUCGAUUAUUAUGAUCACUAA